AUGGAGAAAGAUAUUGCUGCUAAAGUACGGCAAUGCAUGAGCGUCCUGAGGCCGAACUACCGCCCCCGCAGCCCAACCAGAUCAGGGCUAGGGGAGCCGCGACAAGUGAUCCCACAAUGGCGGCAACUUUCUGCUUUAAUCGGCUUUGCCUGGAGCGACGGAUGGGAGAGCGGAGCAGAAACAGGAGAAGACCAAGAGAAGGUACGACGCAGCACAGCUUGCACACGCGCAGCACUGAACCAGCGGAAGAAAGAUUGGCUGCAUGUGAAUUCGCCUUUGCACGAUCAACAGAUAAAAGCAAACGACCCAGUAACCCAGCGGCUGGAGAAAAGCGAGAAGACCCCCACCGGCAUCGGCCUUGGCCGGAGCGGACAAAGUGAUGCGGCCAAUGGCAUAAAACCUAGCGUCAACAAGAUAAAAACAAGGAAAAGGGUCGGAGCCGCACGUUGCGUAGGGAGAAUAGUUUUCUAA